UGUAAUACAUGUACGUGUGAAGUGAAUGGUAGAGUAAGCUGUACUAAUAACCCUUGUAAUUGUCUUUACAAUGGAAACACAUACCAAAUAGGUAAUACAUUUACAAAAGACUGUAAUACGUGCACAUGCAAAGCCGAUGGUAGUGUAGACUGCACGACAAAUCCAUGUACCUGUACUUACAAAACCAGAGUUUAUAAUUUCGGAGCACAAUUCAAGGAUGACUGCAACACUUGUAAAUGUCAGUAUAACGGACAAGUUGAGUGCACAAACAAACUCUGCCAAUGUACACACAAAGGACAAACUUAUAGAAUUGGUGACAGAUUUUCAGAAGAUUGCAACGAAUGUCAAUGUCUAGCAACCGGGUACGUUCAAUGUACAACCAAAGUUUGCAAAUGUACUUACAACAACCAGAUUUAUAAUGUAGGUCAAACAUUUAGACAGGGUUGUAAUACAUGUACGUGCGAAGUGAACGGUAGAGUAAGCUGUACAAAUAAGCCAUGUAACUGUAUUUACAAUGGAAACACCUACCAAAUAAGUGAUACAUUUAGAAAAGACUGUAAUACAUGCACAUGCAAAGCCGAUGGUAGUGUAGACUGCACGACAAAUCCAUGUACCUGUACUUACAAAACCAGAGUUUAUAAUUUCGGAGCACAAUUCAAGGAUGACUGCAACACUUGUAAAUGUCAGUAUAACGGACAAGUUGAGUGCACAAACAAACUCUGCCAAUGUACACACAAAGGACAAACUUAUAGAAUUGGUGACAGAUUUUCAGAAGAUUGCAACGAAUGUCAAUGUCUAGCAACCGGGUACGUUCAAUGUACAACCAAAGUUUGCAAAUGUACUUACAACAACCAGAUUUAUAAUGUAGGUCAAACAUUUAGACAGGGUUGUAAUACAUGUACGUGCGAAGUGAACGGUAGAGUAAGCUGUACAAAUAAGCCAUGUAACUGUAUUUACAAUGGAAACACCUACCAAAUAAGUGAUACAUUUAGAAAAGACUGUAAUACAUGCACAUGCAAAGCCGAUGGAAGUGUAGACUGCACGACAAACCCAUGUACCUGUACUUACAAAACCAGAGUUUAUAAUUUCGGAGCACAAUUCAACGAUGACUGCAAUACUUGUACAUGUCAAAUUAACGGUCAAGUUGAGUGCACAUAUAAAACGUGUCGAUGUACCCACAAAGGACAAACUUAUAGAAUUGGUCAGAAAUUUUAUGAAGAUUGUAACCAAUGCCAAUGUUUAUCAACUGGAUAUGUUCAAUGUCCAACCAAAGUUUGCAAAUGUACUUACAACAACCAGAUUUACAAUGUAGGUCAAAAAUUUAGACAGGGUUGUAAUACAUGUACGUGUGAAGUGAAUGGUAGAGUAAGCUGUACAAAUAACCCUUGUAACUGUAUUUACAAUGGAAACACCUACCAAAUAAGUGCUACAUUUAGAAAAGACUGCAAUACGUGCACAUGCAAAGAUGAUGGUACCAUUGGUUGCACAACAAGUCCAUGUAACUGCAAUUACAAAGGUAAGCGUUACGACAUUGGUUCUAUAUGGUAUAAUGAUUGCAACAAAUGUCAGUGCACUUCU